AUGUUCAACCUGGCAGGAGCAUUCCAGCAAUUUCCAGGCGAGAUAGUAGUGAGUGUCAUAGUAGUGCUAGUUAGUUUCCGAGUCUUGCCCCUUGUAUACUGUAUUGGUAGUUUCUUGAUUGCAUCUCGCCCAGCUUCACCAUCCGCCCUGGCAGCAGCAGUAACAGGCAAACAUAUAGUCAUAUCAGGUGCCUCAGCUGGUCUGGGCCUCUCUACCGCAUUCGCUCUAGCUCAAGCUGGUGCCAAACUGACUCUCAUUGCACGAGGAACGGAUCGUGAUGCCCAAGGCAAAUCACGACUCGACCAUGCUGUAGAGGCAUGUCUGCAACGAACUAGUAAUGUAGGAUUUGUAGCUUGUGAUGUCGCUGAUUACGCUCAACUGGUCGCUGGAUUAUCAAAUGCAGUCAAGGAACGAGGUGAUAUAGAUUGGGUAAUUGCAAAUGCUGGUGCUUCUGUGCCUGGAUUUCUCAUGGAUCAGAUACCGACUGAUGGUGAUACUUCUGUAUUGGACUAUAUGCUGAAUGUCAACUCGAAGGGGCCUGCUCAUUUGAUACAAGCGGUCUUGUCGGUUGCCGCUGCACACAGUAAAAGUAGUGUUAAAAUCAGUGGCAUACCUAUAGAUACCAGUGUCAAGAUGCCUGAACGUAUUGUAUUGGUUGGUAGCCAGGUCUGUUGCGUGGGUUUCAUUGGGUAUACUGCUUAUGCUGCUAGCAAGUUUGCUCUCAGAGGUUACACUGACGCACUGCGCUCAGAAAUGGUGCCAUUCGACACUCAAGUCCAACUCUUUCUUCCAGGAAACAUGGACACCCCUGGUUUCCUAACGGAAAACAAAACAAAACCAGCAAUAACAGCAAAAAUAGAAGGAACCAUCUCGACUCUAUCUGCCGACAGUGCUGCUUCAGUAAUGUUGGGUGGAAUUCUAUCAAAUCGAUACUACAUUACUAGCGAUAUUAUCGGUGAAUUGAUACGUAUAUAUGCUCAUGGGAUGGUGGCCAGACGACCCAAUCCAUUGGCUGAAAUCAUGGCUAUGCCGUUGUUGACUACUAUAUUUUAUAUCUUUGCUCUGGCAGUGGAUAUGGACACGAGGGGGUAUGGGCGUGCUGAACGCGCCAAGCUUCGAUAG